AACCUUAAAAUUUCCACUUUCACGCAUUCACGGCAUUGAGUAUUGAGUUAGCGUGGCAAAUCAUUGUAAGUAAAUUGAUUAGUAUUAUACAAAAUUCAGAAUAAAGAUUAUUCAGAUCCUAUAAAUUUAGGUUAUUCUAUCAAUUAUAUAAAAUUUGUGCUAUAAAUACGCUGUCAAUUAGUAAAAAUGUAUAUAGUAACAUUUAUUAAACAAAUGUAGCACAGACUGUGCUUAAAAUACAUAUUUGGAAGACGUAACUUACUUGUAUACUUGUAGUGAUCCCACUGGAAGCCUUUACAGCCGUGGUUGUCAUUUUAUUCUGUUCUAUCUGGUUGUCAGACGUCAUCCCAGAACUCCUUCAUGGAAUAAUAAUUCUUUCUAAAUAUUCAUCUCCAAGCAACCUCUGACUACUGUUUUUCAAGAGACACCUUUUUGUGACCGACAGUGUGAAGAUAUUGAUGUAUUGAUGAAAGGAUAGGAAAACUCGAUGGAAUCUAAAUUGAAAGCGUACAGACGAAGAAGAGCCAGAGAAGAACUUCUGGACCGUACUCAAAAUAAAAUAAAAAGCAUAUUCAAUAAAAUGUUCAACUCGGAUACAAAGGAUGAUAGAGUACAGGAGAAUGACACAAGACUGGAUAUCAACAACAGAGAGCUUGUUGAUCAAGCAGCCGUCAGUGAGAGUGAAUCGGUUAUCGAAAAUGAGUCAAUUGUAUCCGACGAAGACGGUGAACUCUUCGAUUCAAGAACCUGGACUAAACUGACCCUAUACACGUCCCUGUGGGCGUUUCUGUUUGUUCUGGCCAUACACGCCGAAUUCGGGGCCGUCUAUUUUGUGAUCUCGCUCAUGGUUAUUCUGUAUAAGAACACUAGGACGGGGCCUAAGAAAGCGGGUGAACUGAGUGCCUAUUCUGUGUUUAAUCCGAAUUGUGAGGCGAUCGAGGGAACUCUAGAUGCUGAACAGUUGCAGAAAGAACUGCUCUAUGGCUUUAGGUGAUCAAAUUUGUUUGAUCAACACAGUAUACUGUGGGUACACUAUAUAAGGCGGGUAAACUUAGGUUCUCUUUAUAAAAUGUACAUUAUCAACAUAUAUUUUAGGUAGAAUUUGACUUUAUUCUUCAAGGAUUUGCUAGGACUGUUAGCUAUUAACUAACAUUAGCUAACAUCCUAGCUUUAUUAACAUUUCUCCUCCUAUUUCAUUUAAAACAAAAGUAAUUUCAGAAAUAUUUUUCUCCUAGAAAAACGUUGGAGUUGAUAUCUUUAAUUCUUUUCAUGAAUCCAUGACCAGCCGUUGCACUGGAUAAAUUUUCGUCUUAAAAUAUUUUCAAUAGUAAUUAUUAUUGAAUAAUUGGAAUAUCUCAGUAAUUUCCAUCUGUUUUCAAUAGAAGUUGAGAUUCAAUGUACGCCGUAAUACUAGGAUCUAGUAAUACAUUAUAUUGUAAUAAGAAUUUGUAACUUUGCUGUGAUUUAUAUUUAAAAUGUUAUUUAUUUUAUUUGGAUAGAAUUAUAAUUUGGAAAUAGUUAUUAAGUGAGCUAACACUACAUUUUAAACGUACGUUAGCUAGGUAAAUAAGUUUUAACUAUUGAUGUUUAGUUUGAUCUGCAUUUCAAGUGCAAGAGAGUUUCGGAAGUGUUGAUCAUCUUUAUUGUUCCAAACUAAUUACUAUCACUCGUUUUAAGAUAUAUUUGUAUUAGAAAAUCAAUGAAGGUUCGCCAGUUAUUGUCUUGAAAUAGUAAAACUAUUUUGAAUUGUUAUAUUUUCUUUGUUGAAAUAUGAGGGGGUCUCUUUCAGAAGUAUUUUAGUAAUAGGGCAUCUGCGAAUAUCUAUAGUGGUGAUCUAUGACGCAAACACUCGACGUUUUUUGACAUGUUUAUUUAUUAUACAAUUUUACAACUGGGUUCAUUAAAGUGAUUCGUUUUAUAUUUUA